CCCUCAGUUGACUCUAUUUUUCUCAAACAUGCCGACUUCAGUUAUGAAUCUCCCUAUUGAUAUGACGACAAUGAGCUCGCAAGAACGUCUCGAAAAAAUGUCACAACUUCCAAAGAUUGAACUGAUGGAGGAAGAAGAGGAAGAAGAGAUGAAGCCAAGUUCAGAUAAUAAGAUUAAAUUCAAUAUUUCUGAGUUGCUGGAAGAUGACAGAAAACCAACUACACAAAGUUCCCCGUCGGCAUCUUCAGAGGAUAGCACCAAUGAAAUUGAGCAAACGGCGUUUAAUUUCAAUUUUGAUCCAAAAAUGAAUCCGAUUUCUGCCCUCCUGCAACUUCAGCAAACUUUCUUGAACGUCGGCAAUCAACAAAACAUGAUCUCACCACUUACCAUGUUCCCAUUCUUUGGACUUCCGACUGCUCAACUAAUGCACUUCAAAAACAUGAGCAACCCAGAUGUUAAUAUUCAAUCAGACAAUGGAGAAGAGAAGGAUGAAAAAUCGGAGGGAAAAGAUGGGGAGACCAGGGAUUCCACUGGUGGCAGCCCGCUGGAGUCUGACGCAGAAGAUGACGAUGAUAUUGGCCGUGGAAGCGAUGAUGAAGCCAACUCUAGCGAUCCAUCACAAAAUAGAAAGAAGAAAACCAGAACCGUCUUCAGCAGGAGUCAGGUGUCCCAAUUGGAAAUGAUGUUCGAAUGCAAAAGAUAUUUGAGCAGUCAAGAGAGAUCAAAUUUAGCACAGAAGCUGCACUUGACGGAGACCCAAGUGAAAAUUUGGUUCCAAAAUCGACGAAACAAGUUCAAGAGACAAGCUCAGACUGAUGACACGAACAUUUCCCUGCAGAUGCAUAGAGCUAAUGUGUUUUCGAUUCCAGCAACCACAGCUCUUACAUCUCCAAUCCUUACGAUCCCAACGACCAGUGCUGGUGUGAACAUGAGAAAUAUGAUUUCAUCUCCAAUGGAUGCUUCUGCAACUGCCGCCGCGCGGUUUCUUUUCGGUUUUGGUACACUUCAGGCACAGCAAAACUUGAAUGCGUCGGCUCAAGCGCAGAACAUGUGAACACCUUAUUACUAAUUUAGACUCACCCCCUGUGCAAUUCAACUCAACCUCAACACAUUUUUCAUCUCAUCACUGACUCUAUCUCUUCACACUUGAUUUUUGAUUCAUCGCCCUUCGUAUAUAUUUUAUUUUUCAUACCCUAUAUGUUUAUUAUGUGUCAUUCUGUGUAUUUUAUAAACUAUCUUCGAGCACAUGAUAAUUCAGUUCAUCAAUCCUUUCUCUUUCACUAAAUAAUUAUUUAUUGAGUAAUAAAUUUACAUUAUGAAUAC